UGGAAAGGGGUUUCAACACUUUACCAAAUAUGGCCAAAGCGGGGCGUGGGAUCCACACUGCUGAGAGGUACGAGUGGAGGAGAGAUGCGCGGUGUAACAAGGAACUUCAAGCUUUAAAACCAAAACCUGAAAGACAACACCGAGCGUAAAAAGUCGAUUAUGUGACACACAUCUACAGAGUAUGUGACAAGCGGCUGACACAACAGCUCCCAUUCAGUAUUAAAGACUCACUUUCAAGAAGCAGCUCUCCACUCCUGACUGACUGUCACAUCCCAUAAUGCCACUGAUCGUGCUCCCAACCUCCCAGCUGCUAUGGGUGCGCGUAGCCGCCUUGCUAUUCACCUGCGUGGCGUUCAGUGUUGCAGCACACGGCGGUGGCCUGUCCCACGGCGGCAUGUCUGACUGGUGCAUCUUCUGCUGGGCAUUCAGCUUCGCCUGCACCCUGCUGGUCCUGCUGGUGGAGCUGUUCGGCCUCCAGGUUCGAGCCCCGGUGUCCUGGUCCAAUUUUCCAAUCACCGUCGCCUGCUACGCCUCACUCCUCUGCCUCUCGGCUUCCGUCAUCUUCCCGCUUUUUUUCCUCAAGGAUCAGCGUUUCUACGGCAAUGUUCGUGACCAUCGCAUCGCCUCCACUGUCUUCUCCUGCCUGGCGGCAGUGGCCUACAUGGGGGAGGUGAGCCUGACUAAAGCGAGACCGGGAGAAGUAGCGGGGUACAUGGCAACCGCUCCAGGUCUGAUGAAGGUGUGCCAGACAUUCGUGGCCUGUAUCAUCUUCAUCCUUGUCAGCGACCCCGUUUCGUACGACCAACACGCCGCGCUCAAGUGGUGCAUGGCCGUCUACUGCAUCUGCUUCAUCCUUUCCAUGGCCGUGGUGGUGCUGUGUGUAGGCGAGUGCACCGGUUGCCUCCCAAUCCCCUUCUCCAAGUUCCUGUCUGCUUACGGGCUCCUGGCGGUUAUCAUGUACUUGACGGCUACCAUCAUCUGGCCAGUGUUCCAGUUUGAUAAACAUUACCAGCGUAGAAGCCAAGUGACGUCCAAACUCAUCGCCGUGGCCGUGCUCACUGCCCUGAACUUCCUGCUUUACCUCGCUGACCUGGCCUACACCGCCAGACUUGUGUUUGUCAGCGCCUGAGAAGAGAAGAGUGAAAGAGGGACAGGUUCAGAGACAUAAAGCAGAAUCAAAGAUGCUAAAAGCUUCUGUGGCCUUUUAGAAAAAAAGUAUUGCAUUUGUGACAUAAAAUGCACAAUCUAUCCGUUUGGUGUCUAAUUACAAAAUGCUGAAAUGCUAAGUUCUGUUUGUAUAAAGCUCACCUACAUUAUGUAUGUAUUUACAUGUUUGCAGACAUCUUCAAUGACAGCGCUUAACCUCGAAUGUGAAUUGCUCGUGCUAAAUAUGCAACACAAGUGUAGAAAGGAAGGAAGUGGGUUUGACAAAAUGCGUGACUAAAGUUGUAGUGCUGGUAAAAUCCAACGCAGUCAUCACACUGGAACAGCAUAAGAGACCAUUUUUGGGGAAGAUACAUUUAUUAUUUGCUAUAUUUAACAGGCACUUCCUCCCAUAGCACCCUUACAAAGACUUGUUCACAUUCUUAUAAUUACCUUUUGUUUAGAAGAUGUUUUAUUUUCUGUCACUUGAGCAAAUAAAGUUUUUAGUUGAAAAAAUGUAUUGAUUUUUUUAAAGCACGCUAUGAAAUGUGAUGAGAUUGAGGUAACUUGUGUGCUGUGGCUUAAAUAAUGCGGACUUGACAAUAUAAAUAAAUAUAUAUAUAUAUAA